UGAGGUGGAGGCGAAAGGGAGCGGCAGGGCCCCGGGCCCGGACCCCGUGUAGGCCGCUUUCUCUGUGCACCCAGAGUUGCUGGGUCCGGCUGGGGCCUGCCUGGCCUGCGCAGUGCUCCGAGACCCCUAGAUAGAUGGUGUUGGUGCUGAAGGUACCGGAGAGUGCGUGUCCUCUGCUGCAGCGCUGUGCCCCCCGCAUACAGAGACUAUUUCGUGUACGUUUACGCUUCCACCAACCGGCCUCGAAGCAUGAGCCCUGCCAGACUGUGUGCAUCGAUAUAGGAGAUGAGGAGCACUGCGAUAAGGCCCGGGAAUACAUUACAUCGCUCUGUGCCCCUCAGUACAUCAAGCAAGGAACUCUAUCACCAGAACUUAGGAAGGUCUUACACAGCCUUCGCGAUGCCAUUGAAUACAAGUGUCUAGCAAUCUUGAAGGUGAAAAACGAGAGCUUUGAAAUCUUUGGCGGUCAGGUAAACGUGAUGACGGCCUGGUCUAUGGUCAAGAAACUGGAAAUGGAAAAGAAGAGGCCGUCCAAGGAAGAAAGGGCGGCUGCGCAUGAGAUGGAAUACUCACAGGACCCGGCAGAUUGCAGCGGGGAAUCAGAUGAAUGGACCAGCUCAGAGAGCGAAGCGGAGCAGCAGGGAGGAAGGGGUGGCGUCGGGGGCUACGGCAAUACCCUUUUCCAGGGUAUUGAUAUCACUAGCAAACCACACCGGCAGCUCUGUAGGUCUCCAUGCCUGGACCGUCCUAGCUUCUCACAGAGUAGCAUUCAAGUUCCCUACGACCUCCAAGGGAAAACGGAGGAUUCAAAGAGCAACCUGAACCGAGAGUAUCAAGCAAAGAUGGACUUCGCUUUAAAGUUGGGCUACACUGGAGAGCAGAUUCAGGCUGUUCUCAACAAGCUGGGAGCAGAUGCUCUCAUCAAUGAUAUUCUGGCUGAACUGGUGAGACUGGGAAAUAAAGGCGAGUCCGACGCACAGAGCACUCUAAGCAGCAGUGGUGGGACUCUAGUGCCCAGAGGUGUCUGCACCAAAGAGACUGCAAGUCCAGAAUCCUCUCUUGAAGAUGAAGUGGUAGAUAACACAGAUAAUCUGAGACCUAUUGUUAUCGAUGGAAGCAAUGUGGCAGUGAGCCAUGGCAACAAAGAGGUCUUCUCAUGCCGAGGAAUCCAGCUGGCUGUGGAGUGGUUCUUGGAGAAAGGACAUAAGGACAUCACAGUGUUUGUGCCUGCAUGGAGAAAAGAGCAAUCUCGGCCAGAUGCGCCAAUUACAGAUCAAGAUGUGUUGAGGAAAUUGGAAAAAGAGAAAAUACUGGUGUUUACACCGUCUCGGAGGGUCCAAGGUCGCAGGGUUGUUUGUUAUGAUGACCGUUUCAUAGUCAAGUUGGCCUGCGAUUCUGAUGGCAUCAUCGUAUCUAAUGACAACUAUCGUGACCUCCAGAAUGAGAAGCCGGAGUGGAAGAAGUUUAUAGAAGAGCGACUCCUUAUGUACUCGUUCGUUAAUGACAAAUUUAUGCCUCCAGAUGAUCCGUUGGGAAGACAUGGUCCCAGUUUGGACAACUUCCUUCGCAAAAAGCCUGUUAUUCCAGAGCAUAAGAAACAGCCAUGUCCUUAUGGAAAAAAGUGCACUUAUGGGCACAAAUGUAAGUACUACCAUCCGGAGCGGGCUAACCAGCCUCUGAGAUCUGUAGCAGACGAGCUGAGGAUAAGUGCUAAACUUUCAGCAGUCAAGACAAUGAGCGAAGGAGCACUGGUGAAAUGUGGCACUGGACCAUCCAACUCAAAAGGGGAAGGGUGCAUUGAAUCAAAGCGCAUUGCCCCUAAAAGGCAGUCAGACCCCAGCAUCCGCUCUGCAGCUGUGGAACCGGAGCAGAGGCUUUCAGUAGCUCGUAAGUCAGAGGCGAGUUCUGUACCAUCUCUGGUGUCUGCCCUUAGUGUUCCAACCCUCCCUCCUCCAAAGAGCCAUGCCGUCAGUGCCCUAAACACAAGAUCUGCCAGCAGCCCUGUCCCAGGUACAUCACCGUUUUCUCAUCAGAAGUGCUCCCUAGAUCAUAUGUCCAGUGUCCACUAUCCACCAAUUCUGGUAACAAACAGUCAUGGGAAUUCUGUGAGUUACACAGAGGAGUAUCCAAAAUAUGAGUCUCUGGGAGACCAUGGUUACUAUUCCAUGCUAAGUGACUUCUCCAACCUGAGCAUCAGCAGUAUGCCCAGCUCAGAUUACUACAUGUCAGAGCAAGAUCGGGGUGCUUUUUCCAGGAACUCCAGCCCAUGCCCAGAGAGCUGCCUGAGCCACACCAGCAGUGACUCCUACUCCUCUUACAGUGACCUCUAUUUAGGUCUCUCAGACCCCAACCUAGAAGACAACAUGAAGCCUCCUAGACCUCCCCCACAAAGCAGACUUCCACAGUUUGCUCCUGGUUACCAUGAAGCCCUAACCAGAGUUCAAAGCUAUGGGCAAGAAGAGCCCAUGCAAGCACAACGGAAACAGUCCAUCUCGCAUUUGGCCCUGCACAUCCAACACCCUCUUGUAGGGGCACGCUCUAGUUGCCCUGGAGAUUACCCAAUGCCAGAAAAUAUGCAUCCAUCGGCCAAUGCUCAGCCUGGGAGAGCACUAGUAAUGACUAGAAUGGACAGCAUAUCAGACUCCCGUCUCUAUGAAAGCAACCCCAUGCGACAGAGAAGACCCCCUUUGUGCCGUGAGCAGCAUGCUAGCUGGGACCCCUUACCAUGUCCCACUGACACCUACGGUUACCAUUCUUACCCUCUAAGUAACAACCUCAUGCAGCCCUGCUAUGAACCAGUGAUGGUCAGGAGCAUGCCUGAAAAAAUGGAGCAGCUCUGGAGGUCACCCCACUGGCCAUCAAUGUCCAGUGAGCCCAGAGAGCAACAUGUUAUUCCAGAGCAUCAGUAUCAGACCUACAAAAACUUAUGCAACAUUUUUCCCGCUGGGGUUGUGCUCUCUGUCAUGGAAAAAAACCCACACGUUACAGAUGCCCAGCAGUUGGCUGCUGUCAUAGUUUCCAGGUUAAGAUCGGGCCAACAACACUGCUAACUAGCACCGGUUACGCAUGGACAAUAGUAUCUAUUGAUUAUGUAACCUAAAUGAAAAAUGUUUCUCUUGUCUGGGCACGCUGAGCAGUUCUCUGCUGUAGUUCAGACAAUCUGAACAAAACAUACUUUUAUUUAUUUAUUGUUUUUCUAGAAGCUGACUUUAGAGGUUUUUUUUUUCUUUAAAAAAAGCAUUCCUGGAGGAGUGCAUGUCUUUAUUGCCCAGACAUAUAUCCCUGCUAAACCUGCGUGGCAGGUUAAAACCCACAGAGUUUCCUUGGUGGGCAGUUGUGCUCCUUCCUAGUCUGAAUACAGAGAAUGGAAGGGAUGUGUUAACCCCUGAAAUGCUGGAGAUGCCAGCCCUUACCUACAGCAUAGGAGUUGCUUGCAUUAUGUUGUGUAAAUGCUCUCCAGCUGCACAUAGAAGCACCAGUUCAUAUUGUUAGCAAUUAUAUUGCAUGCAUACUUGUGUAUUUGCAGUUUUAAGUCGGUAUAGGUUUGUGUACAUUUAUACACACAUCUAUACUUACAUAGAUACAUAAACUAGUAGUGUUAAGCAGUUGCUUUUCUGCGACAAUCAGCCAUGGCUGCUGUGGGAAUGGUUUUUCUUGAAUCUACAAAGAUGCUGUAUUCCUGGCCUUAGAUGUAUAACUCCCUGAAAUGUAUAACCACUUCUAAUUACUGGUUACUAACAUCUGCCAACAUCUUCAACUGAUCCCCCCUCUUCUUUGCCUGCUGAUUGACCCUACUGCCCUUAUCUCAUGUUAUCAUUUCAUGGAGGUAGGUUCAUCGAGGACUGAGAAGGCACGGGCAUUCCUCUGUGUAAGACCUUGUUGCCCAAAAUGGCACUUUUAAAGUUUAGCUUUGUGGCUUAUGGAUCAGAGCACCUCAUGUUAUGGGAUUAGGGGUGAAUAGGGACACAUUUCAGUACCUAUAAAAGGUAAGCAAGUACUCUGGAACUCAGACAUAUGCUGAUAUUUAUGAUAAGUAUCUGUUAAUACACUUGUAAAUAUUGGACGCCAAAAUAUUUAUGCUAUGCAAAGCUACAGCAGGGACAGAAACAAA